UUUGGUUUAUUUUAUGUAAUCAAACACAAAGGAGAUCUGGAAAUGUGUCAAGCGCUGUUCGGCAUUAUUCACUGCAUCUAAAAACUUUACCAAAGACGACACGGUUCAGACCCAGUCGACGCACAAACUGUAGAGGAGAUGGGACAGAUGGAAGUGAGGAUGCCUCACAAGUACCUGCUGCAGGCUGCUUGGCUGUGUUGUCUGUUGACUGUUCAGGUGCACAGCUGUCCAGAUACCUGCAGUAAGUGUUCAGGCCCAGAAAAGGACCAGUGUGAGGAAUGCAGAGCAGGAUGGACACUCCAUAAUAACUCCUGUGUAGACAUAGAUGAGUGUGGCACCGAGCUGGGUAUCUGUCCUACAAACAGCUACUGCUUCAAUAAAGAGGGUUCCUUUGAGUGCAGAGACUGUGACCCGGCCUGUGUGGGCUGUAUGGGCAGCGGACCAGCACGCUGCAGGAAAUGUGCCUCUGGGUACACACUGACAGGGUCCAAAUGUUUGGAUGUAGAUGAAUGUAGUGACAGGGUACUUGCCUGUCAUGGUCUGGAUGAGAUUUGUGCCAACACGGAAGGCUCUUUCCGCUGUGACUGCGCUGAAGGAUUCAUACGCAAGGAUAGUGUUUGUGUGAAGAAGCAGCAGCCUAGUGUUCAGGAGAAAGGUCUUUUUGAGGAUAUUCAGGAUGACGAGGUGGAGGUGCUGCAGCAGAUGUUGUUUGGGGUGGUGCUUUGUGCUCUGGCCACAAUGGCUGCAAAAGGAGAUUUGGUCUACACAUCUGUAUUCAUGGGAGCGGUGGCAGCCAUGGCAGGGUACUGGCUUUCUGACAGGGGAGACCGUUUGUUAGACAGCUUCCUAAAGGGACGUUAAAGCUCAAAACUUAUAUAAAGGAUGCACAAAUGAAUGUGCCACUCCUUGGCAAGGCCUUAAACAGUUGCUGUUCAGACAAAGCAGGUGAAUCUUGUGUAUCCACUUGUAUUAUGGACAGUAUAAGUUAUUGAUAUGAAAACACUUUAUGCUCUGAAAGAUGUUUAUUAAAGUCACACUUCUAUGUCUGUAAGAUAAAUUAUCAUGGCAGCCUUUUAACGACCACUGAACCAUGAAAAUAAUGAAAUAAUGUAAAACUCCCAAGUUUUAUUAUGUUUUAGGACAGACUUCAUAAAAUAGUUAGUGCUAAAUAUGUCAGUGUGCAGAGAGUAAACCCCCUUCUUUCAUAUUUGAAGCCUUGUAAAUGAAAUUCAGGUUUUAGUUGUAGACACCCAGAAGAAGUGACAAAAUAAGUGACAGUUUUCUCUGUCCCUACAGCUUCUUUCUGUACUGCUAGUUUUAAUUAGGUUGACAAUGGACAAUGUUUUUUUUAUUUUGACUGACUAGGAUUGAUCACGAUUCUUUCACUACACAGUUUUUAUACAACACACUGUAAUAUCACAGAGCAGGGCAAACGCCUAUAGUGAAUGUUGCGUGUGGAAGUUUAUUCUUGAUGCGGUAAAUAGUAGUUUGAAAAAUCUUCAUUUAAGGUCCACUUAGCAGCUUUGUCUGGAGCUUUUCAACUGUAUUUCAUCGGGUUCAUCAGUGAAUGGAGUUUGCUUUGUUGCCGUAACAGCUGAGCAAACUCAACUGAAAUAAAUAUGUCCUAUGUUAACAUACAUACCCAGGAUUUCUCUUUUAUCAUCAGGGCACUGCUGUUGUUAAUGAUACAUUUAUUAAUGACAUCUGUUGAAUAAUAUAGCAUUACUGAAUGUUUAAAUCCAGGACUUUUGAGGAUUAUUUCAAAGCCUUUACCAAAGUAGAGAAGACAAAUAUAUGAAAGAAUCACACAAAGUGGCCCUUGAGUGAUGGAGGUAGAAACAGUUAUUAGAAUAAGUUACCAAUACAUUAUUGCUAUUCUAACCACAUAGUACCAAAGGUUUUGUUUUUUGCAAUACCAAGUAAAGGAGGAUUAUUGUGAGAAAUUAUAUGAAUAUGAAAUUGAAACCAAUAUGAAAUAAAUGACAAAUUUUAACUGCCACCGUGCUUGUUUGCACUUUACAGCAGUAUGAUACCAUGCAUUUAAAUUGUAUACCAUGACUGUAUGAGUACUAGAAAAUACUGGAAUUACCUAUUAACAUUUAACUGAUUUUGAGUAGAAAAUUACAAACAGAGACAGAAAGAAAGUCACCUUUAUUUGAUGGAUAUAAACAAGCUGGCCAACACUCAAUAGUAAUAUUCUGGUACAGCACAUACAAUAGCAAAUUGGGGCACUGAGGACAGCCUCCUAGGUUUAAAAAACAAAAAACAUUACAGAGUAUCCAUGCUUCAUUCAAAACUGACUCAGUCUCACUUUUUUUUUUCUCUAGGGACCUCCUCUGAUAAAGAUUUUUUUAAUAGAUUUUUCUCUUAUGCAUUCAUAACACACACAGACACAAACACACCCAUAUCCAUAAAAGCAGCUAUGCACACACGUGUGCACGCACACACACACACACACACACACACACACACGUCUCUCUUUUCUGAAUACAUUUACACAAGCAACCCCAAAAACAUGCUGCACUCUCACAAAACUGCACAGGCUGUCUACUAAUGGGACACAGUAAGUGAGACACACAUCACUCUCAAACACAACAUCACACCAUCACAAUGCAGAUGCAAUUAAUGAGUGAGGAAUGAUGCUUCAUGGGAGAUUAGCUCACGUUCACACAAGUAAUCAU